GGAACAUCCAGAGACCUGUGCUGUUCCACUCAAUUGGACUGAGGAGAUUCAUCAAAGGGUUCAUUCAGCAGCUGUUUGAUGGUGCCAUUACAGCACAUUUUACAACCUCAGUAAGAUCCUCACAUACCUCCCCGCUCCUUCAGGUGUGAAAUCAGUGUUGGAACAUGACGGGUCAGACUGUGGGAAGUGUUGCUCACGAGCUGUCAGCGCCCUCGCCGCUGGCUGUAAAGGGGCCAGAGUCAAGGCCUCGAGGAAGGGCUGCAUCCUUCACAGAUGAGGCUGUUUCCAUCCUCACCUCCAGGGGAGGCCAGCUGGCUCGAACCCUCCUGGGUCACACAUUUCCCUUCAAUCACAAAGAGAGCCUUGCCAAGACAGAAGCUAGAGAAGGCAGUAGCUGCGAUGAAGACAUCGCCAACGUUGCACGCCGCAAACGAGAGUUCAUCCCUGACGAUAGGAAAGAUGACGGCUAUUGGGACAAGAGGAAAAAAAACAACGAGGCAGCCAAACGGUCCAGAGAGAAGCGGCAAACCAAUGACAUGGUGCUGGAGAGGCGAGUGCUGGGCCUGCUGGAGGAGAACGCCCAUCUGAGGGCCGAGGUGUUGGCUCUGAAGUUUCGCUUUGGCCUGGUCAAGGACCCGUCUGAAGUCUCAAUUCUACCAUUGUCUGCACCACUCUGUGCUCACCCAACACCCGGUACCACAAACCGCUACCAGUCUCACACAGAUGGAUCCUCAUACCCCAACCACAUCCACCACGUCCAUUCUCAGCCUCCACAUCAGGGUCCCAUCUAUGAACCAAGGGGGGCCGGGCCUUUGUCACGUCAAAGUGUAUCCGAGGAGUCGGGUGUAUCCACCUUAUGUAGCUCAAACAUGGCCUGCCCUGUAUUUUUUGAUGAAUCUCCAAAUGAGUAUAUUGGGCCUUCUCCGAGGGAGGUGGUGAAGGAGCAGCAAGGCUACGACUCCCACACCUGUCUCCUUGAGGUCAACGAGAGUCAGUAUGUAAACAGACAAGACUCACCCGAGGGUUUGAGGAGCCUCCCGCACAAGCUCCGCUUCAAAGGGCCCUCUUGUUGCAGCGAAGGAGGGGAGAUAUCUCCAUCUUCAGCUACCAGGCACAAUGGACCCCCUGUAGCCACAGUGUGGCCAAACAUCCAGGUGAGGAACCAGCAGCAGGCAGGACUGGAGGGUCGGAUAGAGAGUCAGGCCCCUUGGCCCAGGGAGGAGGCCUAUGGUGGUCUUGGGGAGCAGUAUCAGGGUCCGUCCUCUCGCCAUUAUAACGCCUCCUCCCUUCAGAGCUCCGGGCACACCAAGCAUUCAACAGAGGACGUCAGUCUCAGGUCUCAGAUCAGCUGUUUGUCUCAGGAAGUGGCUCAGCUCAAGAUGCUUUUCUCUCAGCAGCUGCUCUCCAAGAUCGCUUAAAAGACUAAAGUUAGCAGACAGAUUUCACACUACAUCUUCACAAACCAUCGAUCUUACCCUUACUGACACCUGUUUCACUGGAAAAGCUUCUUUUAGGAAAGUGUUUGUUCUGUGAUUGUCGGCAAAUCACUAUCAGAAAGAACACCAACAUAUUCGUUUUUUAAUAAUGUAUUAUGUCUAAUGAAUGCAAAUCUAAAAGAGAUGUCAGUGUGAUAUAUCUACGGAAGCCUGGAUAGGCAAAGGCAUUUUGUAAGUAUGAUCUAAAUACGUUUUUACAAGGUGACAUUAAAUUAAAUUAUGAAACAUAUCCUGGAAAAAAAAUUCCAUCUGAAAAUGUAUUAGAUCAUAACAAUUUAAUGUCCCACUUUUCUCUCAGGGCUUCCAGAAUAACCACAUGUCUCUUAAUCAUGAUAAUUCCUCAGAUUUGAAUAACGCUAUUUAUUUCUGGUUUCAAACUGGUCUAUCAGAAACACUGGACAUUAACUUGUAUACAACAUAUAGUACACCGUUAAAAUGUACAACACUUCACCAUAUUCACUUAACUCAGAGGUAUAAAAGCCAUUUCUGUCUACAGUGGGACAAUGUGUAGUUCAUAGGUUUUUAACACAGAUAUCAUUAUGAUAUGCUGUCCUGAAGAAAAGAAAAAGACAGUAAAGCUUUUAUGUUUCUGUGAUAUUAAUAUUGCUUACUGUAUCUGAUUUCUAUAAACGAAAUGA